CUCUCUCUUUUAUCGGAGACUCGACACUCUUGGGAAAGGACUUCAAUUUGAAGGCAAAAUAUAGGCAGGAAGAUAAUUUCGGCCAAGGAUGGAUAGAUUAAUGAAGAAACCUUUUGGGGACGUGAGUAAGUCCCAAAGGAUUUACAUGGACCUCGGAGAGAUUCUCAGAGAGCAUGCCCUUCGCUAUCUCCCAGCAAAAGCCCUUCAAAGGUUUCGUGCAGUGUGUAGGGAUUGGAAGCUUCUAAUCUCGUCUCCCUUCUUCAUCCAUAAUCAGUCGAUUGCAUUCUCCUCAAUCUCGGGUUUUUUUUUACAGUCACCAGGAAAACCUCCCUUCUUCAUUUCCCCUGACCGAAUGGCUCAUGGUGUGCCUGACCAAGAACUGAAGUUUUUGCCCGAGGCAGUUGAUGUGAAGGCCUCCUCUAAUGGCCUGCUUUGCUGCCAAGGCCGCUCUGGGGAUAAGCCAUACUAUGUCUGCAAUCCUGCUAAUAAGCAGUGGAAGAAACUUCCUAAGCCUACUGCCAAUCAUGGAUCUGAUCCUACAAUUGCUUUUGAGUUUGAACCAUCACUGCUGAAUUUCUUGCCUGAUUAUAAGGUGGUAUGCAUCUUUGCUUCUACUGACAUUGAGGAAGCGUAUGAAUUUGAGAUCUACCUAUCGCUGCAAGAUUCUUGGAAAGUUGCGUCAGAGAUGUUCUUUAGCAGUAGAAGACUUACGUUUUUAAAAGGAAUUACUGUGAAUGGAGUUACCUAUUGGCCUACAACUUGUGGGAAGCUUUUGAUCUUUGACUUGAAAAAAGAAAAGGCAACGGAACCUUCUGCUUAUGGGGCAUUUGUCAUCAACAGACAGCCAUAUGCCAAUACAUCCCUUGGGAUGAUGGAUGGGAAGCUCUGCAGGACGUCUUCAACUGGUUUUUCCAUUAAGGUGAAUGUGUUGAGAAACAUACAUAGCAAUACAAUGCCAACGAAAUUUAAGGCUGGUGGCCCUUGGAUGAUGAAGCAUGAUGUUCAGUUGAAAUCUGCAGACAUGGGACUUGGGAAAAAUAAUCAGCUACGAGUUUUGCUCACAUGGGAUGGUAUGCUUGUACUCGAAGCUGAUGGCAAGGUCUUUAUUCAUGAUAUGAGAACCCUAACUACAACACUGUGCAAUAUAUCACCUUCUGAUUCUCGGUAUGAAGUUUUUCCAUAUAUUAACAGCCUUGUCUCCCUUGUAUGAUCGACUUUGUUCCUGCCUAAGAUUGGGAUUGUCUUUGGUUUAGCUCAUUUGAUUUGUAGUGCUAAUUAGACUGAUUUGCAAUUUUUUUGUGUUACUUUUGUCAUAUCACCUCUUUAGUGUAUAACAUUGCUGGUUAAAGCACUGUAUUCAGAUUUCAUAGAACUAUUUCAGUUUCUUUUAUGAGCAACGAUGCAACU